CGCCGCGCGCCGGCUCCAUGUGGCGCGGGCUGCGCGCUGCCCUCGGCUGGCUGAGCCGCCUGGGAGGCGGCGGGGCUCCUCCCGCCGUUAUGGAGCCCGCGGAGCGCGCCGUGGUGCGCUGCGUGCCGUCCGAGCCCAAGCUGAGCCUGCAGCUCGUGCUCCCCGACGGCAGCGCGCGCCACAUGCAGCGGGACCAGGCGGAGCCGCUGGGCCGGGCGCUGGCCCGCAUCGCCACCAACGCCGCGAAGGGCCGCGCCAAGGCGGGCAAGAAGAGCAAGAAGCCGCGGGCGGAGGACGGCGAGGCGGGCGAGGCCGAGCUGCCGGAGGUGCGGCUCUUCUCCCGAGACGGGCGGGCGGUGUCCGAGGAGGUGCCGAACGCGGCGGCCUGGCAGGACGGCGCCGUGUUGCAGGUCGGGGCCGCGCGGUACCGCGUGGAGCGCAACCCGCCCGCGCUCACCGAGCUGCGGCUGCCGCGCUCGCUGCUGGCCGGCUUCCCCGUGUGCCCCAAGGUGAGCGCCGAGUUCGCCGCCCCGCAGCACUGCCUGUUCCGCUGGUACCGCGAGCGGCGGGCGGAGGGCGGCGGGGAGGGCCCGGCCUGGGAAGAGGAGCGGGAGCCGGAGGGCGGCGAGCGCGUCUUCACGCCGUCCAACGCGCUGGUGGGGCUGCGGCUGAAGCUGCGCUGCACGCCCGGGGACGGCGCGAGGCGCUUCGGGCCGCCCCGCGAGGUGGAGAGCAGCGGCCCCGUGGAGGCCGGGCCGGGCGCGUGCACGUUCGACGCGCGGCACCUCUACACGCGGAAGGUGUGCGGCCGCGGCUCCGUGCGCGCCGUCUCCUACAACAUCCUGGCCGACGCCUACGCCCAGACCGAGUUCUCCCGCACCGUGCUGUACCCGUACUGCGCCCCGUACGCGCUGGAGGUCGACUACCGGCAGAACCUGCUGAAGAAGGAGCUGGCCGGAUACAACGCCGACCUCGUCUGCCUGCAGGAGGUGGACAAAUCCGUCUUCGCUGACAGCCUGGCCCCGGCUCUGGACGCGUUCGGGCUCGAGGGGCUCUUCAAGAUCAAGGAGAAGCAGCACGAGGGCCUGGCCACCUUCUACCGCAGGGACAAGUUCAGCCUCCUGAGCCAGCACGACAUCGUGUUCAGCGAGGCACUGCUGUCGGAGCCGCUGCACGCGGAGCUGCGCGACAAGCUGGGCCGGUACCCCGUGGUGCGGGACAAGGUGCUGCAGAGAUCCUCCGUGCUGCAGGUUUCAGUUCUUCAGUCUGAAACUGAUCCUUCUAGGAAGCUUUGUGUAGCUAACACCCAUCUCUACUGGCAUCCAAAAGGUGGGAACAUUCGUCUCAUCCAAAUCGCUGUAGCUUUGUCUCACAUCAAGCAUGUAGCAUGUGACUUGUACCCUAACAUACCAGUCAUAUUCUGUGGAGACUUUAAUAGUACACCAUCAUCUGGAACUUAUGGUUUUAUUAACACUGGUGGCAUUGCUGAAGAUCACGAAGAUUGGGCCUCUAACGGAGAAGAGGAAAGGUGCAAUAUGCCUCUAAGCCAUCCCUUCCAACUACAGAGUGCUUGUGGAGAACCUGCAUAUACAAACUAUGUUGGUGGGUUUUAUGGAUGUCUGGACUACAUUUUCAUUGACAAAAAUGCUCUGGAAGUUGAACAGGUCAUUCCAUUGCCAAGUCAUGAAGAAGUAACAACCCAUCAGGCUUUGCCAAGUGUUUCACAUCCUUCAGACCACAUAGCACUCAUAUGUGACUUAAAGUGGAAAUAGAUUGGCUUUUGCAUAGUGCUUUUUGGAGUUUUUGUACAAACUGAUGUACUGUUGAGGAACUCAGGUUCAACCCUGGCUUGUAUGCUACUAAAAUGAGAGCAAUUUAAGAAAAGUUAAUGUGUUUAAUGGUGCUACUGAGGGUUAUCUCACCGUUGACAUGAGCUUACACAACACUUUCUCCUUUCCCUUUUUAUAUGCCAAUAGAAAAAAAAUAUUUCAGCUGUAGAAUUUUGAAAGUUGGUUUACAUACCCUUUUACAGGUUUUUAAAGGACUAAAAUUGUUGAAGAUAUAAAUUCAGUCUUAUAAAUGUACAAACUGAACCCUGAUCAGAACCAGAUGCAGAAUCUGAAAAGAAACGACCAUGGUUUGGAUUCAUUCAGCUUGUUGUGAUUACUGUCAUGAGACAGCUUUUAAACUGAACUCAGAAGCUGAGUUUAUCAGCCAGUUUUUUAGCAAGUGGCAUGAUCACUGUAUCUGUUGCCUUCUGAAAAACCAUUCUUUAAUUAUCAGUGAAUGGUCUUGUUCAGUCAAUAGCCAUGUUAAAUUUAAGAUGAUAAUCAACCUGGAAGCACUUUGCUUGCCCACUUAGCACGGGUAGUGAGAGUCACUUAUACACUUACUUAAACUGGAUUCUAUAUAUAGGUUGCAUCAACUGUUCCAUCUGUUGUCUAUGGUCAGUAGUAGUAUUUGAGGUUAGGACAGCCAGCUGGGGAUGGGAGGGAACUAACAACAUAAUUUAAUAAUCUCUUUUCAGGUGUGAGGAGGUACAGAACAAAUGAUGUGGUGUAUCCAUCUCUGCCUGCAUUUUUAAAGAAAGAAACAAGUUACUUAAAACUUUAUAAAAAGCACUUAUACUAAAAAAUACAAAUACUGUUUUUGUUCCUUGUACAUUGUUCCAUGCCGAACUAGUCUAGGCUAGGUAAUUUGGAUGUUGGGAAACUUGCUUUACUGUUAUCUUCAUUGAAUUUGUUGGAAAGGGUAUGAAUCGUUAACUAACUUUUUCUGCAGAAUUAGUCCAUAUGAAACAAUCAGCACUUAAACUAUGUCACUACAUCAUCUUUCACCUAAUAAGCUACCUUUUCUGAUUGUGCCAGUUCUCACUUGAUUUCUUUCCAGUCACAGUUGCCUAGCAUGGCAAAACAAGUCCUAAUGUGAUGAAAAACAAAAACAAACAACAGCUUAAUCUCAAUACAAGCAAAAGAAACACUGUUGUAAUGUAGACAGAAGAGUCUACAUUACAACAGUCUACCAUAAAUAUGGUAGGAGAAGACUUAAAAGACUGUUUAAACAACAGAAAAAUAGAAUAAAAAUGUAAUUCAGAACUUCUUCCAGUUGGUAACUCUCCAGAAGAUUAAGUUAAAAUCCAAUGCUGUGUUUAUUUCAGUUACUUGUAAAACAACACUUGGAACUCUGCCAUCUAUACUAAUAUUGAGAUGGCCAUGCAGUUCUUAACUAACUUGUCAUGCUCAGAUCAUAAUGUUGAGAAGCAAUAUCACCUGAUAUGGGUUUGUGGUAGAAUGCCCUACUGUAAGGGAGGCUAGAAAAGUACUUAAAGGAAGAUGUUAAAGAACCACAAGCAAAGAGGAUGGCGGAGCCACUUGUUAGUUCACAGAUGAAUUAAAAGUAAGGAUGACUUUAGAUUAAACAGGUGCCACAACUCACGCCCCUGUCAUUGUAAAGGAAGCUGGUAGCUGGCUCCAAUUGCUGAGAGAGGUAAGUUUUUCUUCUAACUUUUUCCUACUUUUAUAUAUGUUGACAGUUCCUACUGUGGUGAAACUGCCUCUGAAGAGGCAGCCCCUCUUAAUCCCUGUAGUGGUGUUUGGGCUGCUGCUUUUUUCUCCUUGUAGACAAAGGAGAGAGCAUGGGACAGCUUGGCUGGUGCAGGAACCAAGUGAUAAGGCAAAAACAGGGUACUGUUAUAGGCCCAAUUAGAUGGCCCCUGCACAUGGCAGAUAAUCCUUUAACAUUUUUGGAAGGAAUUUCAGCUGCACAAGUUAAUGCUGAAGAAUCUCCAGGCCAAGCAUCUCCAGUUUAAUUAGUAAAAUGCAACAGCACAGGCUGACUGCCAACAGCAGCACUGUGUCAGGAGUUAGGCAGGCAUGCCUGGAAGAAUGCAGCACUGGGGUCUAGGUUAGGAAAAAGACAAUUCAAAAGAACUUGUGAUUUUUGGGGGAGUGUAAAAAACAAUCCAUUGAUAUUCCAUAUGCUCCCAAGAUGUAUUUACAUCUGUGAGGUUAUACAUAAUACUUCCUACUUGACACAAGGUGAUUUUAGCUUCUUGUUCCCCCUACAUAUUUACCUAUAUCUUGCCCAAUUAAUUCUUCCCUAAACCACUUCUAGAUCCCAUAUUCAUAGGACCCUAUCAAACUUGUCUCCAUUUUAUUUCACAAUUCUAAACUUGCAAGUGAUCCAGCAGCUGGAAUUCUCCAUAUCCUCCACGUAAGAAAAGAACCUCCCAGUCACCUCCCAAAAAACAAGGAAUAUUCUCUGCAUUUUUGAAGUACGUUCAUUUGUUAUGCUACCUUCUCAGCCUGGCAUUAAGAGAGCAAGGAGCAUCUCACUUUCCCUUCUCUGACCUAUGGUCAGAAAAGGGAAGAGCACUGUUCCAGCAUGUGCUCUGACUAGCUUUUUAGGAAGGAAAUUUUUUCUUUAACACUGACUUCCACCUUACUGUAUAAGCUGUAGCCUUCACUCCCACCCCUCAUUUUAAAAUGAGGCUGAAGAUCUUUACUACUUAGAUGGUAACAGUCCUCUUUCAUCCAUACUUCUUGUAUUUAAAGUCUACCUCUAACCUCUGCUUUGGAAGAUGCAUUUAAGGUGGAAUUGAAUGUGUCACAAUUGUUUCACUUUAACUCGCUGUACCACUACAGCCCACCCAACAGACCAGCCAGCUCUUCUGAGCAAGGCAUUCCUUCAAAGGAAUAUUUCAAGAAGCUGCUUUACCAGAAAUACACACACAUUAACAACUACUGAUCAAAUGCACAGAUAUAUCGACUUCUGUUGGUGUGUACUCAGCAACUCAUUAAAGCUACAAGCAGAACAUUAACUCUAUCUCUUGGGUUUCUGUUAUGCACCAAGUAGAGUCACUGACUCAUUUUGAGAGCUCUGGAAUUUCCUCCAGUUAUUGGUGCUCACAGUAACUGUUUCCUAGAAACUUCAGUCUCAUGGGUACAGCACAACCUGCUUGGAAGUUGCUCUUAAUCUAAACCUGCUUGAGCUUAGCAGACUCUGGCACUGGGAUUUCUUGGAGGAAGGACAGCAAGAUCUGAGCUUGUAGGAUAUGAGCUAUGAAGAUAUGAGGUCAAAUCUGCCAUGAAAUCAUACUUCAGAUACCUGAAGACAAUUAAGACACAAGAUUGAGCCGUUUGCAUCUGUUCAGCAGACAGAAAAAUAGAAAAGAGUUAAUUUAAGCAUUUUGAAACCAUGUCAGGGAGGGAAGGGAUGCAGCAGCUAUAUAGACCUUAUUUCUGGGGGGGAGCCCAUCACCGUUAGCACAAUGGUGAUUAAAGCCUGUUCAAGUGUUUCACUUUUCAGCUAACCAACCACCACCUCCUGCUAGAAACCAUGUUGUUUUUAAGUGCAGAAACAACUACAAGACAGACAUGCAUGCUUCUCAGGCAGUUUGUACUUGUUUUAUUACUGUUUUUGUAACUGUUAGUAUUUUCAUAUCUGGACAACUUAAAAGGAAUUUUAGAUUUACAACUUCAAAAGACACAGAAUUAUAGGUCUUGAUGACAACUACUCUGCUGCACUGUAUACAACUCUGCCCACCUUGUGCCCCACUCUGUACAGCCCCAAACAAGUGAAAAUGAGAUUUACGUUCACAUUCAAGCUGCAAUGAAGCUCAGUUUAUGGAAACUGAGUAUGUGAUAAGUCAUAGUUCAACUACUUAAGAAUCAAGAGCAUACGCAGAACAAUACAUUUUAUCAUUUUAUUAGGAAUAAUUCCAAGUGGGUUAUGAAGAAACUAAUCCAUUGAGUUUGAUGAAUUUUCCAAAAUCUCAUUAUGAAGAUAUGUCCACCAACAAACAGUAAAACUUCAGCAGAACUAUUAUACACUGGGCAAAAAUAGUCAGGCUGAUACCAAAAAGCAACAUGCAACAUAAAAAAAA